AUGGAGUGCAACGACUUGAACGCGGGUCAGAACGCGGAGGCGGACGAUCGCCAAAAUCCCGCAUUUGCAGCAACAGAAGGAGAAGACCAGGCUGAUAAUGCUGACAUUGCUGGUUUCGAAGGUGAUGGAGAUGAUGACGAUGAGGAGCUGACAGAAUUACUGCAACAGCAGCAGCAGGAGGAGGUAAUCGAACAACCGUGUCCGCCAGAGGAGGAUCCGGAAGUGGAUCUAGAAUCGUUUCGUUUAAGAAACAGGCAGCCAGAGGUCACUUCGCUCGACGGUGAUGCUUUACUUGGAUUGCCAAUGAUAAGGGUGGAUUUUGACACCCUCACUCCAGACGCUGAGUCAGGUGUAGACAUUCCUUUGUGCAUAGCAGGACCCCUCUUCGGUAUGCUUGAGGCUGUACGCUGUGAGAUGAGAUCUCGAAGCACAACGCCAUUCUUUGGCCGAAUGGAGGAGCUUGUAGAUGAGCAGAAGUAUGUAUAUCUUGAUAAUAAAAUUAUGGGCUGGCUCGUUCAGACCUGUCGGCUUUACUCCGAAAGUAACUUCCUCUUUAAAGAAACUGACUCACUUUACGCCUUUCACGUUUUCACACGCAUUCUCAAUUUAAUUGAACCCAAGCUCUUUCCCAUCUCUCACCUACUCGCCCGACAAGCUGAACAAACUAACUUGUAUUGCACCAACACACCCUUUCUGGAAACGCGCCGAGUUGCCUCUGACGUGGUUGAGGAUUGCGAUGAUGGCAGAACAAUGGCGAUGGAGGAUCUUCUCCAUCCAGAAAGAACCGAAGUAUUUCUUAGCGUUAUCAACAAUCUCUACGCCAUGAUCUACUUUGAUCUCUACCACAUUGUGCGCCAAGAGAAUCGUGAUAUUGUGCGCUUCAUUUUUCUUAUCCUUCUGCAGGCCUUCCGAGAGUACAUAGAGGGGAUGGGCUUCGAGCCUCCCAUUCCCCGCGGUCCACUUUAUAGUCUACAUACAAUUCUAAAGUUUCCCGAAAUUUUCAAACCCAUGUUGGGUUCUAUUGGCGAGCGCGUAGGCAGGGCUCUUUUUGAAGUACCAUUUUCCUGGAUUCACGACGUCCAUAUCCGCCAUAUUGCACUUGAUUUGAUAGAUCCCGAGGCGAGACAGUAUCAACUCCAGUUGGUAAAGAGGAUCGUCGAGAGCAUCUUCACCAUUAACUCCCCCAUGGUCUUCGCACGAGGCUCCGAACUGGGCAGUGUUAUCUUCCACAACGCUGAGGAGGACGAACGAUGUGUAUGUCGUCUGCUGGAUAAAAGAAUUGUGCAGCCGGACUACUGUCCGCAUAUUGUAUAA